UUCCGCUCGGCCGAUUCUGGCGCAGGCGCAGUGCCUCGUGAGGCCUGGAUUUGCCCCUACAUCUUGGCGAGGAGGUUCCCGGGCCCUGUCGCAGGCCCUGAUUUGGGGGGCCCCACCCGAGCGAUGCCUCGGUAUUGCGCAGCGAUUUGCUGUAAGAACCGUCGGGGACGAAACAGCAAAGACCGGAAGCUGAGUUUUUAUCCGUUUCCUCUACAUGACAAAGAAAGACUUGAAAAAUGGUUAAAGAAUAUGAAACGAGAUUCAUGGGUACCCAGUAAAUACCAGUUCCUGUGUAGUGACCAUUUUACUCCUGACUCUCUUGACGUCAGAUGGGGUAUUCGAUAUUUGAAACAAACUGCAAUUCCAACAAUAUUUUCUUUGCCUGAAGACAAUCAGGAAAAAGACUCUUCAAAAAAAAAAUCUCAGAAGAAAAAAUUAGAUGAUGAGAAAGAAGUGUGCCUAAAAGCCAAGUCACAAGAAUCAUUUGCAUCAAAUGAGCUAAAGAAAAAUACAGUUAAUACAGAUAUUCUCCCUGAACACACAGAAUUACUUAAUUCAUCUACUUUGGUGAAGCUACCAGCUCCAAAACGAGAAGGUAUACAAAAUAACAUAUUAACUCUUAAUCUGGUUAAACAAGAUAUUAAAAAACCAGUAUCUACCUUGGAAACAUCAGUUACCCAAGACAUAGAUAUAGGUGGUUUUCCUACAUCUUUUGAGAAUCUAAAUUCUACAACUAUUACUUUGACAACUUCAAAUUCAGAAGAUAUUCAGCCAUCUUUGGAAACCCAAGAAGUGUUUGAAAUAACUACAAAUCAUCUUGCUAACCCAAACUUUACAAAUAAUUCCAUGGAAAUUAAGUCAGCACAGGAAAGUCCAUUCUUAUUCAGCACAAUUACUAAAACAGUUGAAGAAUUAAAUGCAAAUAAAGAAUCUGUUAUUGCCAUUUUUGUACCCACAGAAAAUCCCAAACCAAUUAAUUCUUUUGUAUCUACUGAAAAAGAAACCGUGGAAAUGGGAGAUCUAGACCCUGAAGGCUCCUUAUAUAAGGAUAUAGACUAUGAGACAGAAGUCUUACAAAUUGAACAUUCUUACUGCAGACAAGAUAUCAAUAAGGAACAUCUCUGGCGGAAAGUCUCUAAACUACAUUCAAAAAUAACUCUUCUUGAGCUAAAGGAACAACAAACUCUUGGAAGAUUGAAGUCUUUGGAAGCUCUUAUCCGGCAGUUAAAACAGGAAAACUGGCUAUCUGAAGAAAAUGUCAAGAUUAUAGAAAACCAUUUUACAACAUAUGAAGUUACUAUGUUAUAGAGUGUAAAGAAGUUUUAACGCUAUGGCAUAUAUAAGCUUUUGCAGCCAAACCAAAUUACAUGUAAAGUGAACUUUUUCCUGUAUAAGUUCUCAUCUUAAGCUAAGAAAGUGUUCUAACGUUAAAAACUGCAUCUGUUCUUGUAAUGUUCAUUUUUAAGAAAAACUAGAGAGUUCUUGGGCUGUAGAGAACAAAUUUCUCUACUUGGUAAUCUUCCAAAUUGAAGUAGCGUGAAUAAAUAGUACGAUUCCUUAAAUGAGAGAACAUGAAUAUGGUGAAAGGAGCCCAAAAGACAAAUUAGGCUCCGGUAUCCGUCCUGAUUCUAUCAUUGGCAUAUCACAUGGGCAAAUUACUAUUGAGCCUCAGUCCUAAUCUGUAAUCUGUAAAAUAAGGGCACUUACUAAAUCUAGUCUCUUUAGUUUCUUUUCUUUCUAUUAAGAUAACUUUCUUAAUAGAACAACUUUUUUAUAAGGUAAUAUAUACAUACAUAAUACUAUAUGUUGGCUAGUAUUUGAUGUUAUUUACUGUUGGAUUAUCCUCAAAAUUGAACUCCGUGGUGUUUGAUUGUUGACUACAGUUAUUUGUAAUAAUAAAGGAAAGUACUCCUUUUAUUAUUUAUUCCAGUUUAACUAAAAUAACCAUCCAUUAGCCCAGUUCAUGGGAGAGGUACUUGAAGCUUAAAACAAUAUGUUAUUUCAGUACCUUCUAUGUAGCUGACCGUCAUUAUACGUAGUCACUUAAUCUUAACAUUCUGUAUUUAAGGUUAUAAUUUGUAAACCAAAAGUUUUAAUGAGGUUAAUUUUUAAAAAAUCUAUAUAUUACUAUAUUUUAGAAAUGAGCUUUUAUCUAUUUAAUGUGUAGCUUUUUAAAAUGUGUGCUUUUGUUAUUUUUAAAAUUACAGAAUGAUAGAGUAGUACUUGAUAUUAUACAUGCCCACUUAUAUAUAUUUUAUUAAAAUUUAUAAGCAAGAAACUAUAGAUAAGUGGUAAUGUUCUUAGACAAGUAGAAAGGAAUGAUGGUGAUAUAAAUAAUAAUACUGCCUCUCUCCCUAUGAAUGUUUUAAAAUGUGAAAGCAGACUUAGUUGGAACAACAGAAAUGUGAAAAAUAAUGAUCUUCUAAAAUUGGCAGUUAAUAUAAUUAAAUGUUACUGAUAAUAUUAUUGAGCAAGUUCCUAUCAGCCUGAUUCAUACUUUUAUCAUCUUGUUUUAUAAACAAUACUAUUAACUGUCUUGGAGGGUUUUGAGAAUUCUGUGAGUAACAUGUUUUUAGUUCUGGAAAAUAGGAGGUGCUCAAUAAAUAUUAGUUGACUGCGUAGCAAAUAGUAUACUGAUUAUUUUGUAAAUUCGUGGUGAUUAUUUUUGGUCACACUUUAGUUUUUUCAAGCUAAUAAAAUUAAUUGGUAUUAUAUAAAUAAGUGCUAAAUACAAAUGUUGAUUUAAAGAUACCUUUGUUAUGUGACCAUGGGAGGAAAACAAACCCUUAAAUUUUUGCAUAAAUUAUGUGCAGAUAAUUGGUAGAGUUAAUGAGAUGUUUUUAAGUAUUCCCAUGUUGCAUUUUACAGUACUUCUUUAAAAUAAAUAGUACAGAUGAAAAUAACCUUGAUAAGUCACUAUAAAAUAAUGUUCCAAUUCUGUUUUUAAUUGUCUAGAUUGUGUUUUCUCUUAAAGGUUGUAGUUUACUCAGGAAUAAUUUAAACUAGCUGUGUUUCUUUAAUCUUAAUAAAUUAUAAAUAUUUAAGAUACUUACUUGGCUUGCCUAUAUUCAGUUCAGGAUGUUUCCAACCUGUUAAUUUCUAAAUAUAUUUGGGGGUUCUGCCCUACUUUAUUUCUUAGUUGGAUUAUUAUAGGGUCUCUUAACUAAUCUUGCCAAUAUUUUCAGUCCCUUCCAUAUCAUUCUGUAUUCUGCGGUCAGGUUUUUACUUCAGCUGUAGAUCUAACUAUAUCAUCCACUCAUUACUUAACUUUCCCAACUCAGAAAUCGGAAAUUACCCUUGAAUACCUACAGAAUAAAGCCAAACUUGUUACCAUAUAUGAUCCUCUGUGAUGUGCUUCAUCCUGUGUUCUAGCCACAGUGGACUACUUAGCAUUUUAUGUAGCAUUUUUCAAACAUGCCAUGCAGGUGACUUUAUUCAUGCUUAUUUUAUAACCUAAAUUCAGCCAGUGAAUUGCAGCUUUGGUUGAAUUUUGUUUCUUUUUUUCCAGUCAAAAUUGUUUUCUUUCUGCUCCUCCAGGGCUUUGUUUUAUAACAUUGUAACAGUGUUUGCCUUUAUACUUUUUUGUAUCAGAUAUCUAUGCCUGUUCUACUAGAUUGUAAGCUUUUUAAAGCGGGGUUUUCAUUAAUCACUAGUUUCUUUGACAAUAUAAUUUACUCAAUAAAUGUUUGGAUGAAUAUUUUGAA